GAGCGGGCGGCAGCUGGCUCUCCCUGGCUGGCACUCGCUCUCUCAUCUCAGUGUGGCUGCAGGCGUUGAAGGGGACGGUCAUCACGCCCUUCGCUCUGGUCCCCGCUUUCGUGAGGCCCAUCAGUCCGGGCCCUUUGGCUAUGGUGACUUUGGUGGGCGGCGGGGCGGCUGGGUGGUGACCUUAGCUUCGGGGCGGGGUUGAGGAGGAAGAGAGAGAGAAGGGAGUCGAGUGUGAGGGGAAAGAAGAGGAGAAACAUAUAGUCGUGUGGAGGAAAAAGACUAAAAACGUGAAGAGAUUUUGGGAUUUUUGAUUUUUCGUGUUUUUUUUUCGACCGGUUUGGCAAGAUGAAGAGACGGUUGGUUCGACACGUGGCCAUCCAAGUGUGCUUCGCGGUGGCCCUAAUGAUUGCAGGCUGCUUCGCUAACCCGGACGCCAAAAGACUCUACGAUGAUUUGCUGAGUAACUACAACAGACUCAUCAGGCCGGUGGGGAACAACUCAGAGAAACUCAUCGUCAAGCUGGGCCUCAAGCUGUCCCAACUCAUUGACGUGAAUCUCAAGAACCAAAUCAUGACCUCCAACGUGUGGGUAGAACAGGAGUGGAAUGACUACAAGCUACGUUGGAACCCCGAGGACUACGGCGGCGUGGAGAUGCUCUACGUCCCCUCCGAACACAUUUGGCUGCCCGACAUCGUGCUGUAUAACAAUGCCGACGGAAACUACGAGGUAACACUCAUGACGAAGGCCACGUUGAAGUACACGGGCGAGGUGGUCUGGAGGCCGCCCGCGAUCUACAAGUCUUCGUGCGAGAUCGAUGUUGAGUGGUUUCCCUUCGAUGAGCAGUCUUGCAAUAUGAAGUUCGGUUCCUGGACCUACGAUGGCUUUCAGGUGGACCUCAAGCACUCGAAGCAGAAGAGAGGGAGCAACAUCGUGGACAUGGGGAUCGACUUGAGGGAGUUCUACGCUUCGGUGGAGUGGGACAUUCUUGAGGUGCCGGCCAGAAGAAACCAAGAAUAUAUACCUGACCUGCCUGAGCCUUAUCCAGAUAUCACCUUCAACCUGACCAUGAGACGCAAGACGCUUUUCUACACGGUCAACCUCAUCAUCCCUUGUGUGGGCAUCUCCUUCCUCACCGUCCUCGUUUUCUACCUCCCGUCUGACUCCGGAGAAAAGGUUACUCUCUGUAUUUCCAUCCUGCUGUCCCUCACCGUGUUCUUCCUCCUGCUGGCUGAGAUCAUCCCCCCCACCUCCCUCGCCGUCCCGCUGCUCGGCAAGUACCUGCUCUUCACCAUGAUCCUCGUCACCCUCUCCAUCUGCGUCACCGUCGGGGUCCUCAACGUGCAUUUCAGGUCACCCUCCACCCACAAAAUGUCCCCCUGGGUGAAGAGAGUGUUUAUUCACGUCAUGCCGCGUCUGCUCCUUAUGAGACGACCCCAGUACGACCCCAGGAGCAGAAACCUCAAGUCACCCUCCGACCAAGAGUACGACCAGAUGAUGGACGGGGACCUCAGCGACCCCUUCAGCGGCGAACCUUACGUGGAAUACAACGCCGAUGGGGGCAGCCUCGCGGGGGACACUCCGAGCUACAAGUUCAGUGAGGACUUCCUAUCCUCGCACGCCACGGGGAAGUGUGACUACGUACGGACCUAUCACACCUGUCGCCUGCACGGGCCGCUCAGGUGUAAGGGAGAGGAGACGCCAAACACCUGUCCAAUGUGUACUCUCACUCUCCUUCGCCUUGACUACCUCGGCGGGUGUCACCUUCACAGCCAGCGAACUUACUCCCCCGAGAUCCAGAAGGCGAUCGAGGGCGUGCAGUUCAUCGCUCAGCACAUCAAGGACGCAGACAGAGACAACGAGGUGAUACAGGAUUGGAAAUACGUGGCGAUGGUGUUGGAUCGUCUCUUCCUGUGGGUGUUCACGAUCGCCUGCGUUGUCGGGACCUGCGGCAUCAUCUUCCAGGCGCCUUCCCUCUACGAUACCCGCGCUCCUAUCGACCAGCUAUACUCCGAGAUCAAAACGGCUUUCAACACCACCAAACACAACUUCUAAACGGCUAUGACGCCCGGUUGUGACUGUCUAAAAGGGUCGCUGUCUCUCUCCAGGUUGUCGAAGGUUUAAAAUGUCUCUUCCAAUUGACUCUUUUUUUUCUUUUCUUUUCUGUGUUCCAUAAAAUGUUAGUUCUAAAUGCCUAAUGUUGUGACUCAGUUGACGUUUCUGUAUAUACCUCUUGUUGAUGGUUUAAAAUGCCUCUUUCAAAUGCCUCUUUGUUUUUCUUCUGUGUUCGCGAUAAUGUUAGUUCAAUAUAGGCCUAAUGUUGUGGCUCAGUUUGAUUUCUCAUUUUCAAACGAAGCAUCUAAUUUUCUCUUUUUGGUUGCUUAUAUGUUAGUUCUAGAUAGGUCUAAUACUGUGAUGGGUUUGGGAUUUCAUUUUCAAACGCUGCAUAUAAUUUUCUCUUUUUGUUCGUUUAAAAGUUAGUUCUAAAUGGGCCUAAUACUGUGACUAGGUUUGGGUUUUCAUUAUCAAACGAAGCAUAUAACUUUUAUUUUUUUGUUUGUUUAAAAGUUAGAUCUACAUAGGCCUUAUACUGUGACUGGGUUUGGGUUUUCAUUAUCAAACGCCGCAUAUAGUUUUCUCUUUUUUGUUUCCUUCAGUGUUAGUUCUGAAUAGGCCUAAUACUGUGAUGGGUUUGGGAUUUCAUUUUCAAACGCCGCAUAUAGUUUUCUCUUUUUGUUUGCUCCAGUGUUAGUUCUAAAUAGGCCUAAUACUGUGAAUGGGUUUGGGAUUUCAUUUUCAAACGCCGCAUAUAUGUUUUGUCAUUUUUGUUUGUUUAAAAGUUAGUUCUAAAUAGGUCUAAUACUGUGAAUGGGUUUGUUUUUUAAUUGUCAAACGCCUCGUCUAGUUUUCUUUUAUAUGUUCGCCAAAAGUUAGUUGUAAAUGCCUAAUGUUGUGACUGUGUUGAUGGUUCCUUUUCCCCCGUUGUCAAAGAUUUCAAACGCUUACACAAUUCUCUCUUUUCUAUGUUAGCCAAAAAAUGUUAGUUCUAAAUAUGUCUGAUGUUGUGACUGGGUUGGUGGUUCAUUUCUCAAACGCCUCGUCAAGUUAUCUAAAAUGUUAGUUUUAAGUAUUUUUAAACAACUAUGAUGGCUAAUGUUUUGACUGGGUUGACGGUUCUUAUUUCCUUGCUGUAUUACUUCUAUAUAUUAACUUCCAAGUGGCUAUGAUGCCCUUUAUUUAUUUAUUUUUUUGUUUUUUUACGUCUACGCCUAUAGCGCCGGUAGGUUUUCUUGAGGGGCCUGGAUGGUAUUCGGCCCCAGCCCGUCAUGGCGCAGGCAAGUGUUUAUAGUGGUGCCAUUUUUUCUUGUUGUGAAUGGGUUGAUGGAUCCUUUCAAAAUGUUACUUCUAUGCUUUCACUUCUAUACAACUAUGCUGGCUAAUGUUAUGACUGGGUUGACCGUUCUUAUUUCCUUGCUGUAGUACUUCUAUAUAUUAACUUCUACACGGCUAUGAUGCCCAAUGUUGUGACUGUGUUAAUGGUUCUUUUCAAAAUGUUACUUCGAUGCUUUAAUGGUUAUGAUCUCCAAUGUAGUGUCUGGGUUGAUGGUUCUAUAUCCUUUUUUUUUGUGAGAGGACGGAAUCGCCUCCUCUUCUUCCUCUCCCCCCUUUGUGAAUGGCUUUUGUCUGCUGUAAAUGGCUGGUGAAGGAAGUUACCUGUUUGGAAGGGGCCAUGGACGCCACCUAUUGGUUACCUCCUUUGUUUACCUGUUCUUUGUGCGAGUGUAAAUAUAUCUUGGCCUACCUGUUGAGUGUGUGUGUGUGUGUGUGUGUGUGUGUGUGUGUGUGUGUGUGUGUGUGUGUGUGUGUCUCUCUCUCUCUCUCUCUGUCUCUCUCUCUCUCUCUCUCUCU